AUGAAAAGUUUACUGAUUUCAACAAGUCAACAGGAAAAAUUAAUACAAAAUGAAACUGAACGUCGACGAACACUUCGUCUUCUUCAAACACGUCAAAUUGAAAAGCAACGUGCCGCUCAACUUCGUCAAACAAUUGCUGAUGAAAAGAAAAAACAAACUUACGUACUAGUGAAUCACUUGAAAAACGAAUGGGUACAGCAGAAAAAUGAUUUACAUGAUAAUCUUGAAUAUCAAUUUCGUGAAAAUCUUAUGGAAAUGGGAAAAGGUCAUAAAGAAGCAGCGGAUCAACCUGACUACGAACAUGAAUGGUUAACAAAAACAUUAGAUAAUGAUGCUCGAGCUGUAGAACGUGGACAACAAGCACUUGAUAAACUUCAUGUUGAUAUGAUGCAAAAUGAAAAUGAACGAAAUCUUCAUAUUCUUCAUCGGAAAGCAGCACUUGAAUUGGAAAAAGUACGAGCACAACAGGUUGCCAAAUUACCUCCACCUGAAGAUCCUCUGCGUGAUCUUCAAAUGAAACCAACGACAAUUGUUACUGUUCAUGAUCCAUAUAAUUUUACAACAACAAGAUAUCAUCUUGAGGAACGUCUUGUAACAAAAGAAGAUGAUCAAGAAGGUGAUGCAGCACAAGAUGCUAUUAUUGAACAAGAACGUGUUGAUGCAUAUGUUUCGGAUAAACAACGUUUAUGGAAUGAACAACAAGAAAAAGCUCGAGUUCGCGGUGAUAAUGCACUUAAACGUGAAGUUCUUGACAGUGCUUAUGAUAAUGUACUCGAUGAAUUGGGUAAACUGGAAAGACAAGAUCGAGAUCGUCGUCAAAAAGAAAUACAAAAUUUACCAAAAAGUAUCUUUAUACCACCAUGGCGUCGUGAGGAAGAACGUCAAGAAAGACAACGACAAAUGGAAACAGCAUUUGAACAAGCUUAUCAAGAUACACAUCGAAAACGUUCGUUUAAAAGAAGAAAUAAAUCAGAGGAACUAGUAGCGUUACUUUUUAUUUUUACUUGUAUAGAACCAAUUCCUAUUGUUCUUAUGAAUGAAGGCGAAAUUCCCGAAGAUGAAGAAGAAGAAGAUGCUGCCAGUGAUCGAACACUUGUUGCACAAAAUGAAGAAGAAAAUCCAUCUCCUGAAUAUCGUAUGACAACAGUAACUCCAUCAGCAAAUACAGUACCAGUAGCUGAUGAAAUUCAUGAAGAUGACGAAGCAACACUUGCAGAUCCAACUAUAAUGACAUUACAAACACCAUUGCCCGAACAACAACUUACUAAACAGCAACAACAGCAAAAUAUGCGUCGUUUAAUGGAAAAAAUUGAACGACAACGAGCAGCUGCACAAAAUCGAGCCAAUCAACAAGCUGCACUGGUUACACCAACAAUCAAAACACCUAAACGUCUUAUUGUUAGUCCUGGUUAUAUUGACAGUAGUGAAUCAAUUAAUUCAUCAGUAACGCAACAAGAUAUUAUUCGCCAAGAACAAUCAUCGUCAUCAUCAAAUACUACAACAGCUGAAAUUGAAGAGCGACGAACAGAAUUAGAAUCUCGGAAAAAAGCUCUUGAAGAACAAAUACGCAUAUUAUCUGAAAGAGCAAGUUUACUUCCACAAAAGUCAACUUGUCCGAUGGUAUCAUCAUCAUCGGAUCUUUCUAUUGAAAGCUUACUUAAAAAUUUACGUACAACAAGUAAUACAGCUAGUAUACCAUCAACAACAUCAUCGAUAUAUGCCGGAAAACAACAUGAAGAUGAUCAUGAGCAAUUCAUGCAAGCUGUUCAAGCUAUUGUUACUUCAGAUGAAUCUCAAUUACAAUCAUCAUCAUCUGGCAUUGCUAUUGAAGAUGAUGAAAGAUCGCAUGGAACAAUGUCGGAUGAUACUCAUAAAGGAAAAUUUUUAUUCGACAAAUAUGAAAGUCAUUCAUCAGAAGAUCGAGAUCAUUCAUUAGAAGACCUUAUUUCACGUCUUGUUGCUACACAACAACAAUCGAACCAUAAACAAUAUCAAAAUGCGCCUUUGAGUGAAACGAAAUUAUCAAAUAAUCAAUCAACAAGUCCUUCUUUAAUCAUUGAUGAUCUUGUUGAUGACGCUUUAUCAUCAAUAUCGUCAUUAUCAGGACGUACACCUGUUGAUCCACGAUCAGCAUCGCCUGAAAUUGCUCAAUUACUUCUAUUAAAUCGAAAUACCGAUUCAUCUCAAGAAUUUACUACGAAUACAAAUGAUGAGCAUCAUUUCUAUGAAGAGAAACGUUUAAUUGAACAAGAACUAGAAUUAAUUCGACGUGAACGCGAAAGUCUUCUUCAUGAACAUGAAAAAUAUCGACAACAAACAUCAGGAUCGUCAAUGAAACAACAGAUUCCAGCUCAACCUCCUCCACCGCCAUCUCUUCUUCGAACAAAAUUAAAUAUUGUUAGUAGAAACGAAGUGCACGAAUUAAGUACCAUACAAGAAGUCGAUACACCUGCUAGUUCAAGAAACACAUCAUUAUUUCAUCAUCGUAGUCCACUGAAAUCUUCAUUUGAUCUUCAACAAUUAGAACGAAUAUCAUCUGCUGAUUCAUCAUCGUCAUCGGUAUCUGAACAUAAUAACAUAGCUCCAUCCCAAAUACCAUCAAUAUCUGUUAUACAACAGCAACAGUUAAUAUCGAAUACUGGUUUAGAACGAGAUGAUUCAGGUAUAUCACUUAUUGAUGGUCCACGUUCAUCGGCAACAUCUCGAACAACACUUGCUGGUGGUAAUGGUGGUGGUGGAAAAAGUUCAAGUAGUGGAAUUCAAAGUUUAUUAACAACACGUCAACCACGUGUACGAACAAUAACAAAUGAAACAACAACAACAACAACAUCGACAAGUGCAAAUUUACCUGUUGUUAUAACAACACCAAGAUCAAAUACUGAAUCUGAUGAUCAAUCAAUAUCAAGUGUAUCGAAAAAAUGGCGUGAUAUACUUGCUAAUGAAUGUUUACCACAAUUACCACAGUCAUCUGUACAAUUCAUGAAUCCAAAUAGAAAUGAUUUGCCACAAUUGACCCAUUCGCUAGGUUUUGGUUCAUCCACUGUUGAAGAAAAUUUUCCAACAACAACAACCGCAUCAUCAAAUAAUCCAAAUGAUAUGUUUUCAUCAUCACAAGCUUUUCCAACGCAAGAACAGAUUCUUCGUUCUCAAUAUGAUAAUGAACAAUGUGAUUUAAUGUCAUUAAUUAAAGUUCAUGAAUAUUUAACUAAACAACAACAUCCAUCAUCGACAAUAACAGCUAUGGAACAAUUAGCUGCGUCUUCACCAUCAACAACAACACCAAUACAUCAUCAAUCACAUUCAACAUUAACAUCAGUUACAUAUCGUUCGUCACUUGCUAAACAAGUACUGACGAGUAGUGGUCCACCUAUAUCAACACCAUCACAUACGUCAUUUUCAUCUUCAGAAAUUCCAAUACAUCAAAUUGUUCAAGAUGGAAAUGAACGUCGCAAUAGUCUAUUGAGUGAUAUACAUCAUUUGACACGUUCACCAAAUACAUUUGAAACAUCGAUAACAUCAAGUUCAUCAUCAAAUUCAAAUAAACAUCAAGAUACAUUAUCAUAUUUAAUUGAACAAAAUCAACGUGCUAUGCAAAGGCUUAUAUCAAAUCAUGAUGAAAAUCUCAUUGGUGGUGAUUCAACAACAUUUUAUUCGUCUGCAUCAAUGCGUGUAGCUGAUUAUGAAAGUGGACCAUUAACAGCAGUUACAAUGGCAACGCCGAAUGAAAAAAUACAACAAAAAACUACAUUAAUUGAAACAGGUUCAAUAUCAACAUUAGAUUUCCCAUCAGCUAUUUUACUUGCUGAAGAACAAAUAUCAUUUGAACCAUCAAAACUUGAUUGUAAAAUUGACUCAGAAGAUCGUGGUAUUCUCGAUGAACCAUCAUUAACUCUACUUUCAAAUAGUUAUCGUUCAUUAACAACAACAACAACAGGUCAACAUCCAACUGCAGUGAUUGUUCAGUCAACAUCACAAAAGAAAAAACAAUGUUCAUCACCACUAUCAAAUUAUGAUGACAAGACAAGUGCUUGUUCAACACCUUCAUUGUCACCAAUUAAAAAUGAACCAUUAAUCAUGAUUCAUUCAGUUAAUCGAUCUGAAAUAUCAACGCCAUUACUUUCAUCGAAGCCACCUAUGUGUCAAAGUUCACCAUUUAUUCCACUUUCAUCCAAAAAUUCCUCGAUUCAAAAUUCAUUAGAAAAGCCAAGCAAUGAAACAAGUAGUGAUGAUACGUCUCUAUUGUCAUUUGAACGACACGAAUUAAGUGCAGGAAAUGCAACAUUAAUGACAAAUAAUGGUGAUAUUGAUGAACUUAAAUUAAGUGAAAACCUUUCACUUAAUCAUUCUGUUACAACUGUUCAUGCUGUUUCAACAAACAAAAGUAAAACUACUGCAGAUUGGUCAUACUUUGUAACAGUCGGACAAGAAUUCUUAAAAGAAACUCAAAAAUCAUCAUUAUCAUCGUCAUCAUCUUCGUCAUCAAGUAGUAGUGAUCCAGGUGAUUCUCACUCACGAGAACAUAUAGGUGGUGUUGAGUAUUUUAUUAAUGGAGAACAACAAAAUGCAUCUACUCCACAACUUGUUCAAUUACCUUCACUUCAAUCAGCUUUACAAGCACGUCGUGCUGAUUUUGUUACAACAAGUCAAAAACGUGUCGAUGAAAUCAAAGCGAAAGAUUAUACGAAAAUAACUACUUCAUCUGUUCCAGUUCCAUCUCGAUUACUGACCCAAAGAGCAUCACUAACAACAACAGCAACAAUAACAUCAACAAACUCAUCAAAGAACAUUGUUGAAACUGAUUCUGAAGAACGACAAAGACGUACACGUGAAUCAAAAGAACGUUCAAAACGUUUAUAUGAUCAAUUGGCUGAAGUUCAGCAAAAGAAAAAAAUUCAUGAAACAAAACAACAGGCACACACUUAUCGGGCACGUAUGAAUGCUUUUCAAGCAGCAUUGGAUAAAAAAAAGACAAAUAAUAUUAAUAAUAAUAAAUAA